AUGACCAAAACUGCACUGGUUCUCUUGGCGUGUGGAGCUGAGGAACUAGAGACAAUUGCCGUCGUUGAUAUUUUAGUUCGCGCAAAGGUCAAGGUUGUCGUCGCCGGUGUUGGUGGCCCCAGCGUAGUUACGUGCAGUCGCGGUGUGAGGAUUCAGCCUGAUGUUGCGCUUGCUGAUGUUGUUGGUACCACAUUCGAUUUGGUCUACCUCCCUGGUGGUAUGGAAGGCAUGAGAGCUCUCUCCAAGAGCGCUGAUGUCGGUAAAGUGCUCAAGGACCAGUACGAAAACAAUCGCUACAUCGCAGCAAUUUGCGCCGCACCUUGCGCUCUCAAGGCACAUGAAAUCGCCAAGGGUGCAAAGGUGACAAGCUAUCCGUCGAUGAGGGGCGAUCUAGACGUUUAUUAUAACUACCAAGAAGAGACGAUUGUUGAAGACGGACAUCUCUUGACCAGCCGCGGGCCAGGCACCGCCACUGCUUUCGGUUUGAGAUUGGCUGAGUUGCUGACGGACCGCGCCACCGCUAAAUCAGUUGCCGCGGGCAUGCUCCUCUCCUAA